CUAAACUCAAACAAACACUAUUAUGGUUUGUUUGUUGUUUUAGUUGGGAUUGGAUCGGACUUUCGAUAUCACCAAUCUGUGCCUAUCAUCUGAAGCACUGCCUAAAUGAGCUAUUAUCAGGAUAUCAAAAAAAAAACUAUUUUCAUAUAUGCAGAUAUGAUAUUUGGGAAAACACAUUCAAAAAUGUUUUACAAGUUACAAGAGUCGGAAAAGGUACAAACUUGGGUGACAUCUCCUUUGAAAUUUGUUUUCGAUCUGCCUCUGCAGAGAUACAUGCACAUACAGACAUGAAUUGUAUGGAUUGGAUCAUAUUACUUGGAGAUAAUGCUGGUGAAUGAUUUACCGAUCGUGACUAGCACUGCCACAGUGAGUAGCUAGCUGCAGAUCUGUAGCUCUCUGGGAAGAUAUUGGGAGAGACCAGCCUGCAGCUAAGACAGUAGCCUGAAGUGACAUUCAUGAAACAAGCCACUAAAUGUUAAAAACUGUUCGAACAGUGGUCCUAUUCAUUGAUUCGCCAAGGAAUUCACGGAACCCUGGGACAUACUUUCGGUAGUGACGGAAGUUUACACAUGAUAUUCAAGUCUCAGACGUGCUGUAACUAAAUAAAGGAACCAUGCUGGCUGCAUAGGAACUUAGGAAGUAUAUCCACCAAAUAAAUUUUGUCAGCUUUAGUUAACUUGACGAAAUAUGGGAAUAUUUGACGCUCUAGCAAAGUGGCUGGGUCUGAAGAAAAAGGAGGCCAAUGUUCUGGUGGUAGGACUAGAUAACAGUGGUAAAACCACCAUCAUCAACCAGUUAAAACCGACCGAGACCAAGUCCCAUGACAUCGUGCCGACCAUUGGUUUCACGGUAGAAAAAUUUUCAGGAAAAUCUCUGUCCUUUACUGCCUUUGACAUGUCUGGUCAAGGUCGUUACCGCAAUUUAUGGGAACACUACUACAAGGAAUGUCAAGGGGUGAUCUUCGUUAUCGACAGUAGUGACCGAUUACGCAUGGUUGUCGCACAGGAGGAGCUGGAACAGUUGCUUAAUAACCCAGAAAUUGUAGGCAGACGCAUACCCAUACUGUUCUACGCUAAUAAAAUGGAUAUGAGAGAUUCUUUAUCGGCUGUAAAAGUUGCACAUCUUCUGAACUUAGACAAAAUUAUCACAAAACCUUGGCAUAUAUGUGCAUCAAAUGCGUUGACUGGAGAGGGGCUUAUGGAAGGAGUGGAGUGGAUCACAAAUCAGUUGAAAGAUAUUGUCAAUGCUAAAUAGAGUAUUAUUACACUGUAGUUAUGAGUACACAAUUUCUGUAGUACAUUGCAUGUAACGCUAUUAGAAGUUGCAAGUUGCGUAGUUCCAAGUUGUUGACUGUUAAGUUGAAUGCAAAGUUAUAUAAUGAAUAUUCUGACAUACUGGUACACUCUUAGUCUCUAGCAAAAUUACUGAUUAAAUUAAUUGUGAUAUUUUCUACAUUAUGUCAUCUAGUGUUUUUUUUUUUUACUCUCUAGAUUACAGACCUGAUAUUGAAUGCUAGAUAUGAGACAUUAAAUAUGUAACCUCCAUGAAAAUAUUGAUAAUUAAAUUGGUUUUUUUUUUUUAAAAUCUUAUCAUUUAUUACAGUUAAUUUUUUGUUAGACUUGAUAGAUCACAAAUUUGUAAAAUGCAAUGUGAAUUAGUUCUAGACCUCUAAUGGUUGUGACCCCUAUAGAUGUAUAACCGUGUCGUUUAUCAUCUGUUAAGUCCGUCCCGCAUUUAAAACAUAUCAGUUUUGUUGUUACAGUGAUUACAUUUUAUCAAUUCAUAAUGGUUGAAAGUGUAUACUGUCACUGUGUUGUACCGCUUUAUGUUGUUGGUUGUAUACACAGGCUAACAUACUUAUGGAAAAAGUAAGGUACUUACUGUAAUUCAAGAUAUUGUACAACAGUCUGUUUUCAUCAACUAAAUUCAGUAUUGAUACAUACUUGCACACACUGAAAUAUUGUUGAUUUUGAUAUCUUGGAAAAUGAAAGAUUUGUAGAUUAAUCCGAUGAUUAUCUUUCUUUUUAGAAGAUUCAGUGAUAUUUUAUUUCAACACAAAUUAAUGGUCUUUAAAGUGAGCGUAUUGAUGUCAUUUGUUGUUGAUGUAUAAAGAUCAUAACAUUCCUAUUCAAAUUGUAAUGUGCUUUUUUUAUGCAUGUUAACUUUGUUCAAAAGAAAGGAUGCAUCACUCAUUUGUGUUUCAUAAUAUGAUCCAUGUAGACUCAGUUGUGCCAGUCACUCAGUGUUAAUGAUAUGAACAUUUUAAACCUGUGUAUUGCUGGACAAUACAUUUCUUGGGCCAAAAUGUUUGUGUUCAAUGUACGAGUUAUCUCCCUCUGUUCGCACUAGAGACACGAGUUUCUUGUAUGAGGAUAGAUUUAUGACUGUCUCUGUCUGACAAUUUGCCGUAGAUAUAUAAAUGGUAUGCAUUUGAUGUAUCUUAAUAAAUCGUUUUAAUCAA